UGCCAGGCUCAUCCACCUUACCAACCGUUCAGUGUCCUCCACCCCUCUUUGCCAAUCCCUCCACUGGCCUCCACUCAGUGUCCUCCAUCCCUCUCUGCCAAUCCCUCCACUGACCUCUACAGUGUCCUCAGUGUCCUCCACCCCUCUCUGCCAAUCCCUCCACUCAGUGUCCUCCACCCCUCUCUGCCAAUCCCUCCACUGGCCUCCACUGGCCUCCACCCCUCUUUGCCAAUCCCUCCACUGGCCUCCACUCAGUGUUCUCCACCCCUCUUUGCCAAUCCCUCCACUGGCCUCCACCCCUCUCUGCCACCCUCUUUGCCAAUCCCUCCAAUGGCCUCCACUCAGUGUCCUCCAUCCCUCUCUGCCAAUCCCGCCACUGACCUCCACUCAGUGUCCUCCACCCCUCUCUGCCAAUCCCUCCACUCAGUGUCCUCCACCCCU